AUGGCCGCCGCUCCUGUCCCCAGCAAGUCCCCAGCACCGUCCGAGACGACGUCGGAGAAGCUCAAGCAAACUCCAGCGUCUCCCUCCAGCGCGGCGGCGAACCUGGACAACCUCGACUUCCCGCAUUUCAAGGAUCUUCAAAGGAGCCUGCGCAACGCCGCGAAGAAACUGAACGCUACCGCCAAGCUUGAUGGCAUCCUCGCCGAAAACCCCAAGAAAUCGCUCGAUGAGCUGGUCGCUGAAAAGAAGAUCAACACCGAUCAGAAGGCCCAGGUGCUGAAGAAGCCGGCCCUGCAAGCUUCCGUUGUUCAAUAUGAGGAGCAGAUCGCUCGUUACAAGGAGUUUGCGGUCCACUAUGAAGAACGCCUGACCACCCAGAAGACGAAGACCGAGAAGGCUCACAAGGCCGAGUUGGAUGCCGCUCGCGCAGCCGCCAACGCGGAAGCUCGUGAGACCCGCGAGAAGGAGUAUCGGAGCCGUCUACUCAGCUUGAGCAAGUUCCUUUGUUCUGCUGCUGCCAUGAGACGCUCUGGCGAUGAGACUUCGAGUGAGAGCCGCGCAUUUGAGGGCGUUCUCUACCAGGUCUACGGGGGAUCGAACGAGGCCGUCGAGUCUAUGGUGAAGUUGAUUGGUGGCGUGGAUGAGAAGAUCGUGAGCGUUGAGGGUGAGCAGUUGGAUGUCACCUACGGUAAGGUGAAGCAGAUCUCCGAAGGCUAUGCUCCGGCAGAGGCGACUACCGGUGCACCUGCCUCCGACCCCACGGUGGCCAAUGCAGCAUCUACCGAGCUUCAGGAUGCAUCCUAUGGCACCGAGGCCACGCCCGCCAGCGAAGCAACGGGCGACGCGUCUCAAACCAACCCCCCACCGCAGACACUUGUCUCCGAUGCGGCUAACCAGGUCGCGGAGAAGAACUGGGAUGCCAAUGCCCCCGGCUCGCUCGCAUCCUCUGCGAACACGGACAGCUGGGUUGAAGUGCAGCGUGACCCUGCCGAAACAGAAAACGGUCUCAAGGCCACCCCCGCGGCAGCUGCCGCUGGUCUCAGUAACAUCACCACCGCUCCGGAUGCUGCCAACCAAAGCGCCGAGGCGGCCACCGCCCCCAACCCCCCGAGCGGUGAACCCGCUGGGGCAGCUUCCCACCAGAGGCAACCCAGUUUCCGUGGCCGUGGCCGCGGCCGCGGACGAGGCGAUGGGUUCCGUGGACGCGGGCGCGGUGAGUUCCGAGGCCGCGGUCGUGGUGGUCGAGGUGGCCGUGGACGCGGCGGCGCCAACUCUCCUGGGGCCGCCCCUACUGCACCCCAAUAA